AUUUCCCCACAAGGCCACAAAAUCACCCCUGCUUUCUGAAAAACGCCUGAAACCCUCGCAAAACCCCAAUACACAGAUCAUCUUCUUCUUCAUUCCUGCAACUCCCUAUCAAUGUCGCUUCGUAGAUUACUCACUCAUCAUCGCACCUCUUUCUCUCUCCUCCUCCAUUCUCGCACUCUCUCUCACAUUCCCACUUCUCAUUUCAACCCUUCUCUCUUCACCCCUUCUUCUUCUGCACCACUUCCCGCCUUCCCUUCUUCCGAUUUCCUCAAAGAAUGUCGCCGGGGUUUUGCCAAAGGCCGCAAGUCAAAGGGUGAUGAUAGUGCUAAUACAACUCAAGUUGUCGAAGACAUUGGGCCUGUUGUAAAAUCAACUGCUAGUUCACAGAUGGAGGCAGCCCUAGAUGCAUUAUCAAGAGAACUAACUAAGCUACGAACAGGAAGAGCAUCUACAGGAAUGCUUGACCAUAUCAUUGUGGAAACAAGUGGUGUAAAGAUGAAUCUGAACCGAAUUGCUCUUGUCACCAUUAUUGACUCCAAAACUCUAUCAAUAACUCCAUAUGACGCAGAUACUAUUAAAGAAUUGGAGAAAGCCAUUGUUUCAUCUCCACUAGGCUUAAAUCCAAAAGUAGAUGGUCAACGAUUGAUAGCUCUGGUUCCUCCAUUAACCAAGGAGCACAUACAGGCCAUGUGUAAGGUUGUUGCUAAAUCAAGUGAAGAUGUAAAGCAAAGCAUUAGGAGAGCUCGCCAAAAGGCAUUGGAUACUAUAAAGAAAGCUGGAUACCCUAAAGACGGUGCCAAAAAAUUGGAGAAAGAAAUUGAUGAGCUGACUAAGAAGUUUGUCAAGUCUGCUGAGGAUAUGUGUAAAGCAAAGGAGAAGGAGAUAUCCGCGGGUUAAAUACUUUUAAAUGCAUUCCUUAUUUGAUCUACUCAUACUGCUACCUUAGGUUCUAAACUUAAUGUUUGGAUUAGAUGGAAUUGUUUUUCAAGGAUGCUGAAUCAACAUCAUUGUACAUUGCAAAGCUUGUUGUUAUUGGAUGCUUUAAAGAACACCGAUAAAGCCUUUUUUGGAAUAAAUACUUCACAUUUUCUAAUUGGUAUGA